UUAACAUCUAAACUACCCUAUAUGUUUGACAGUUCUAAGGAAGCUAAGAAAUUAUUUGAAUGCAUCAUACAUCCUGUGAAAUUAGAUAGAUUCUUCAAUGAAUUGUGGGAAAGGAAACCAUUAUUGAUUAAACGUCAUAUAGCUAAUUAUAAUGAUGGUUGGUUUAGUACAGCUGAACUAGAUCAUAUACUAAGACAGGAGAAUAUUCAGUACUCUGUUAAUUUAGAUAUAACCUCUUAUGAGAAUGGUAAACGAGAAACACACAAUCCUAUUGGUCGAGCCUAUGCCCCAGUUGUCUGGGAUUACUAUCAGAAUGGUUGUUCAGUAAGAUUACUAAACCCACAAACAUACAGUCGUAGAGUGUGGAAAUUACUAGCUGUCUUACAAGAGUUCUUUGGUUCUUGUGCUGGUGCCAAUGUAUACCUAACACCCCCAGGAACACAAGGUUUUGCUCCUCACUACGAUGAUAUAGAAGCUUUUAUAUUACAAUUAGAAGGUCGCAAGAAUUGGAAAUUGUACAGUCCCAAAAAUGAAUCCGGGACUUUGCCAAGGUUUUCAAGUGAUAAUUUUAGUGAAGAAGAGAUAGGUGAACCUAUAUUAAAUAUUGUAUUGGAUGCUGGUGAUUUAUUAUAUUUUCCCCGUGGUACGAUCCAUCAGGCUACAGCUCUAGAGGAUACACAUUCUUUACAUAUCACAGUAUCCUGUUUCCAGAAAAACUCUUGGUAUGAUUUCUUUGAAAAGUUGAUGCCAAGAGCUUUACAAAUAGCAUUUGAAGAAGAUUUAGAAUUAAGGAAAGGUUUACCUACAGAUUAUUUACAUCACACAGGUGUAGUCAAUUCAGAUAAGGAAAGCCCAGAAAGACAGUUUAUAAUGGGUAAAGUUGAGAAGUUAAUGACAAGUAUAAUGAAACAUGCUCCUGUUGAUGCAGCUUUUGAUCAAAUGGGACGACAGUUUGUCCAUGAUAGUUUACCACCUGUUCUCUCUGAAUCUGAGAAGUCGUGUAGUAUCCAUGGUACAGGAGAGAGAUGGGACAGUCAAAGACAACAGGUUACUAGUAUGGUAGAAAUAGAACCAGAUACAAUGAUAAAGAUAAUUAGGAAGGGAGCUGUCAGAUUGGUAAUGGAAAUGGAUCAAGUACAUGUUUAUCAUACAUUAGAGAAUCUACGAUAUUAUCAUGGUACCGAACCCCAGUAUGUGGAUAUACCUAUAGAUGCAGCACCGGCAGUGGAAUUCCUGAUCCAUUCCUAUCCCGAAUAUGUCCCUGUGGACAGUUUACCAUUAGAUGAUAUACAGUUGAAAAUAGAUAUUGUAACAGCUCUGUAUGAAAAGGGACUGAUUUUAACGCAGGAACCUCUAGACCCAAUCUAUGAAGAAGGAGUGGAUGAAAACGAAGCUCCUAUGUGAAAUAAAAAUUUUAUAGCUAUAUGACUUUAAUGUAAAUUUUAUGUCCGUUUUGGAAACUGAACCGUAUGUCAGUGAUAUGAUUAUGAAGACAGUGAUUUGUGUACAGUGUAUGGAUGCUUCCUCUGACAUUAUAAACACUAAAUAUGUAACCAUAGUAAUUUUUUUGAGCUGGGUUAUUUUCUGCGUGCGAGAGAUGAAUUUAUAUCUGUUAAAUGAAAUUGUUAAAAUAAUUUUCAACAAGAUGACUUCAGAUUUUUAUUUUUAAGAGUCAUAAAAUGCAUAUGGAAUUUCUUUCUUUU